AUGAAUACACCCCGGGAGGGGGCGGUCAAAAAUGUUUUCAGUGCUACUCGACGAAAUUUUUAUGAUGUAUUUUUAAAAACAAUUACUGAUCAACGUUUACCAUCCAACUCAUCAUCAACUGAAAAUAUUUUAUGUCAAAGUCUUGUUGAAAAUUAUUCUACCGAUAACAAAAUACAAUCAUCAUCCAAUGAAUCUCCUUCUAAAGGAAAACAUGCUUAUCAUAUGGCAAAACUACGUUCGGAAAAUCCAGAAUAUCGUCGUACUGAACGUGAACGUAAUGCACAAGCCAUGGCUAAAUUACGUUUAGAAAACCCGAUUUAUCGUCAACAAGAACGUCAACGAAAUCGAAUAGCUAUGGCUAAACUAAGAAGUAAUCCAUUGUAUCGACAACAAGAGCGAAUUCGGAAUGCACAAGCAAUGGCAUUGAAACGAAGUGGUUCAAUAACAAAUAAAGCAAUGGUUGUGCACGAUUCGCCCGAAAUAAAACCAUAUCAUUUUCAAGUACUUGAAACAAAUUUAAAUUCAUCACAUAUCUCAUUUAUACCAUAUAAAGACAGUUUAAUACAAGCAUCCGAGACAUGUUGUACACAAGAUAAAACGUCACGUCACGCUUUGGAAAUGGCGCGGUUACGUUCAAAUCCAGAAUAUCGUCAACAAGAGAGAAUACGAAAUGCAGCUGCUAUGGCUUUAAAACGUCAGAUAGAUCCAUUAUACGGGAAAAAAAAUCGUCGAAGAAGAAAACAAAUAGAAGAAGAAGAACAACGACGUGAAUGUGAAGUACUAACGCGUGUUGAUAUUUAUUGUAGACAGAGCACAGCUGUUUAG